CAAGUGCACGGGGCAGCAUGCGGGAUUCGAGCUCAUUGAACCAGAUGAAAACUUUAACGGAAUAAUAAUGAGUUUAAACAACACAAUCAAACCCGCCCCGGUUUGUGUUUGUUGUAUUACAUUAUUGAUAUUACUACCAUCCCUGCGUGCCAUGCACUGAACGCGCCCAAGUGUCUCCGGUUACACUUGAACUGAUGUAAUAUGUGGCCAAAAGCGAAUUGAGGAUUUAAUACGAUGAUUUUAAGGAGGCUGUUUCAUGUACUGCCUGCUUUCGCUUUUACGCUUUUUAUUUUGGUUUUGCUGGAUCUGCAGCUGCGCACCAGGAGUGACCAAAAGCCCCAAAACGCGCACGAUGGGCACCAACGGACAACUUUUAUAUCAGAAACCACGGCUGAAAACCAACACAGAGAUGGUGCUCAUGAGAAAGAAAAAGCAGAAGGUCAGAAAUGGACGGAGGUGAGGUCUACACCACCUUUAGAGCUCAGUGACAUCUUCAUUGCGGUGAAAACCACCGGCCGCUUCCACAAGAGCCGCCUUGCUCUUCUUCUGGAGACCUGGAUCUCUGAGACUAAAGAGCACACGUACAUCUUUACAGAUAGUCCAGACGCAGACAUUUCUUCAGAAGGUUUUAACGUUGUCGUCACUAAUUGUUCACCUGAGCACAGUCAUCAAGCAUUAUCCUGCAAGAUGGCUGCUGAGUAUGACUACUUCAUGGCCUCCUACAAAAAGUGGCUGUGUCAUGUUGAUGAUGAUAACUAUCUGAAUCCCGGAGCUCUUCUCUCUCUCCUGAUGGCCUUUCCAGCAGAUGGCGAUAUUUAUGUAGGAAAACCUAGUCUGGAUCGACCAAUGAGAGCGCAGGAGCUGCUGGAGGGAAACAAGACGAGGGAUGUCCAUUUCUGGUUUGCUACAGGAGGGGCUGGUUUCUGCCUGAGCAGGAACCUGGCAGAAAGGAUGGCACCCUGGGCAAGUGGUCCCAGGUUUGAACAAACAUCUGCUGUGAUAAUGUUGCCUGAUGACUGUACCGUGGGUUUUAUAGUUGAGAGGCGACUGGGCAUCUCGAUGAUCCAUAGCAAUAUGUUUCACUCUCAUUUAGAAAACCUACUCCUUCUGUCCCCCAGCGAUAUUCCAAAACAGGUGACUCUAAGCUACGGAUGGUUUGAGAGUAAAAUGAACAGUGUUGAAUUAAAAGGAGUUUUUACCAAAGAUGAAGAUCCGUCCAGGUUCAGGACAGUUCACUGUCUUCUAUACCCUACAACAAGUUGGUGCCCAGUUGCCCUCAAAAGUGCCUUGUCAUGGAAUCAACAUGUGAUGCACUGAGCUAAAUGGACAAUGAUCAUGUAUUAUGUGAAAAGAUCAUGGCAUGAAUUUCCAAAAAGACAUGUUGUAAGGGUAGACGAGCCAACAAAUAAUGCACCGAAAGAAACAGAAAAACCUUGAUGUUUUAAUGAGCCAUUAUUGGUGUUUAAAUGCUAAAAUAGAAGUGUAACUUCUGUCUACACGCUGCACAUUUUUUAGGUGUUAUAUGGUCAUUUGAUUCCUUGAUCAUAAAUACGCUUAAGAAGAGUCCUGAAUAAAUACCACAUAUUUGUCAAUGCACUGUUUAAUUGUAAAAAAAUGAAACUAACUACUUAUAUUAUGAAUUAGUUUGUUUACUUGUGUAUCAAUUUAAAAUCAAAUUAUAUUUGUUUCACUGUAUUUUACACCUUUUGCACUGUACACAUUUCGAUUACUGUAAUAUGUUUUUAAUUUAUGAUUUACAUGAAGCACUUCAGUGGUUAUCCACUAAAAUGCGUUUCCAUACAGUGUUAGUUAAAUAAAGAUUAUUUUCUGUA